UUUCUGUGGAGGAGAUAACGCGAGCACCAUGCCGAGCCCGCGCGCACGGAGCCCUAGGAGAGAUCUGAGCUUUGCCUUGCAGCUUGUCAUAAAAAAGUGUUUCCACUGAUGCCGCAACUGACGAACUUUUUUAUUUCUUUCACGGAUUUUUAUCAUGGGAAACUGAAUUUUAAGGGACACUCAAGACGCAGGUUUGGAUACCGCUCACGCGUAAUUGCGCACAAGAAAGUGGCCUUUUAGCAGCUCCCUGUGCGCACUGAUAUCACCACUGGACGGACAUGGAUCAUUCUGUAGCCAUGUAUCUGCUGGUGCUCUCCCUCGGACUUCUGAUGGACAGGGGGAUUUGUCAGCACUACUUGCUUCUCCGCCCCAUCCCGAGUGACAGUCUGCCACUUGUGGAAUUAAAGGAGGACCCAGACCCCGUCUUCGACCCCAAGGAGCGGGACCUUAACGAGACCGAGCUGAAGAGCGUCCUGGGAGACUUUAACAGCCGCUUUCUGUCUAUUUUACCGCCCGUGGAGGACAAAUACACCGGGAACGACGAGCUCGAUGACUUUGAGAUCCAAAAGCCCGGUAGAGUACUGCCGAAAGAAAUCAGAGCGCUGGAUUUCGACGUCCAGUUCGGCAAGAAGCACAAGCCCAGUAAGAAACUGAAGCGGCGGCUGCAGCAGUGGCUGUGGGCGUACUCCUUCUGCCCGGUCGUGUACACGUGGACCGACUUGGAAAGGUUCUGGCCGCGAUUCGUGCGGGUGGGCAGCUGCCUGAGCAAAAGGUCGUGUUCGGUUCCGGAGGGGAUGGUGUGUAAACCUGCAAACUCGACCCACCUGACGAUACUGAGAUGGAGAUGCCUACCGAAGAAAGGGGCACUCAAAUGCGCGUGGAUACCGGUUCAGUACCCGAUCAUCAAAGACUGCAAAUGCUCCUGUUCAAGUUAAAAAGACUCAAAAGAUAAAUUAUAAGCUCAUUAUUUUGGUGAUUCUUUUUUCACGUGCACUACCCAGUGUAGGAAUGUAUUUUUCUGUAUAUGCGGUGACAUGCAGUUAUAUAUAGCUCCCUGUACAAAGUCAGUAUUAUUCUAACCAGAGCCUACUUUAUUUGUGGAGAAUAUUGGUUAUAUAUUUUGUAUUUAUGGAGAUAUGGCGCAUAGAGCCACCUAAGGACUUGCUGUUUUCCAUAUUUGGAUGAAGCAGAUCAACCUCAGAAUUCAAUGUGGAUUAAUGUUACUGCCGUGUAUCGGUGACUUGUUUUAUCCUGUAAAUUAAGGAAAUGUGCUAUUUAUUCUUUAUAUUCGUACAAUAAAAGACGCUGAAAUGACUGUAAA